AUGCGCACGAGAAGAGCAGGAACCAACGGGGUGUACAGAAGACGUCUUCUUGAGACCAGAACCACCUCGGAUGGUGCUCGAUCGGGCAAGGCCAAUCAAGACGCCAUCAGUCGGACGUCACAGACCAAUGCGACUGUCUCCGCGUCCCCUCAACCGGAUCGUCCGUCGAUGAACAUUUCCGGUGAAAGACCGUCAAUGGAGCAGACGGACGGCGUCAGGUUGGUACAGUACCUCGUCGGCAGGGAUCCGAGCGUGAUGGAGACGUGA